GUCAACGCAUGCGCAAAACAUGUCUGUUUUGAUGGUGUAUUUAGAAGACGUUAUUUUUUUUGUUAAAAACCCUGUAAACUCGCGUAAUAAGUGACUUUCUUCGAACCGGGAAUGCAAUCUCGUUCGUGUGUAAGCAUAUAAUGCUACCAUUAUCUACAAAUUCGAGUUAUUCGACAGCGAAAUCGCAGCUUUUCCGUACCAUGUCUACUUCAAGGAGGUGGAAGUAUCUGAAACGAAUCCUGAAAUUUAGACAUAUGGACUUCGAGUUUGCGCUAUGGCAAAUGCUAUACCUGUGUGUUUCACCUCAGAAAGUAUAUAGAAACUUCCAUUAUCACAAACAGACAAAAGACCAAUGGGCAAGGGACGACCCUGCUUUUCUUGUUCUCCUCAGCUUUUGGUUAUGUGUUUCCUCUAUUGGUUUUGCGAUAGUGUUAAAGCUACACUUCCUAGGGUUUAUCAAGUUUUUAUUAUGGGUUGUAUUUAUUGACUGCAUUGGGUGUGGUCUCUGUAUAGCAACAGUGUUAUGGAUUGUAACUAAUCGGUACUUGCGGAUACCAUCCACAUAUAACCGGGAACAGGGCGUGGAGUGGGGCUACGCAUUUGAUGUGCACCUGAAUGCGUUCUUCCCUCUGCUUAUCAUUCUCCACGUGGUGCAACUCUUCUGUAUGCAGUUUAUUAUAGACCACCCAUGGUUCAUUUCAAGGUUCAUUGGUAACACACUGUGGCUGAUAGCCCUGGUCUACUACGUCUACAUCACAUUCUUAGGAUACAGCGCUUUGCCAUUCUUAAAGAACACCGUCACUUUGUUGUAUCCACCUGUACUGAUUGUUGGGGUGGUAUAUGUUGUGUCCCUUGCUAUUGGCUGGAAUAUCAGUCAGAGUACCAUGUUCUUCUACCGCUACAGGGUUUUGUAGUAGCAUUCUCUGGUGUAAUGGACAGUGAAUAUUCCCAAGAAAAACAGCAGAGAGUACCUCUAAUGCUCCAGGACUUAAACUGCUACAGGGUGUCGUAGCAGUUUCAUAAGACUGCUACAGAGUGUUGUAACAGUCUCAUUAAGGCCACUUCAGGGUGUUGUAGAUGUCUCAUAUUGGUCUGUUGAUAUUCCUGUGGGGAACCAUUUGUAUUCAAACACCAUCUGAACGCCUUCUGCUAUACUGGAUUUGUGAAUAUUCUCAGGGGAAACAGUAACAAACUUCCAGCCCAAGGCAUAGUAAGCUACAUACAGGGUCAAGUUUGACCAAGAUUGUCAAGUGUUUUCUUACCUAAGGAGGAUAUGCGUCAAAUGUUAAACUCCAAGGUUGAAUUGAGCCAUGGGAGUAAAGAAAAGAUUUUGUAACUUGUACGGGAUCAAAGUGACACUGUACUGUUUAUCACAGACUUUGGACAGGGUAUCAUGUGGAAACAUGGAAACUGACAAAUUUAUUAUGUCCAUUAUAUUGCCCAAGAUGCCAGCAAAGCUUGCCAACCUCUGCCAUAUAAUUAAAAAAAUGCUGAGUGCUGUAUGCUGUGAUGAACAAAAAAAUAUUUUGCAGCUUUCUUGAAGACAUAAAACAGAUAAACAAGAAAGAAGAAUAAAAUAAAGAUAAAGAUAUCAAGACUGGUAAUAAUUAACAAACAACUGCAAAACAGCUUUUUUUGUCACCUCAACAUCAAUUACUCUCUCCAUAUAAACAGAAAUUGUAAUGCUGUUUAUAACCUGUGUGCCAGAGAUUUCAGAUAAAUGAAUGUUUACACUUGCAUUCAGGGGACAAAGUUAAGACAGGAACAUAUUUUUUAGUUUAAUUCUUACUUUGUUUUCUGUAGUCUUACAAAAGAGUCUCCGACAUUGAAUGUUUUACUUAAAAAUAGCAAAGCAGGGGGAUUACAAUAUUCUGUACUUUUCUUUUCUCUGAGUAGCACAUACAUUCCUUCAGUAUAUUGUACUGUACAUGGGUAAAGAAAAAGAAAAAAAUAGAAGUAGAAAAAUA